AACAGUUUUUUCUUUAUGUUUCAGGAUAAAACAUGUAAUUUAAAUAUAAACUUAAAAGCUGGUAUUGUUCAGUUCAGCCUUGCAGAUUUGUGUGAAAAACGUAAAGGAUGUUCUAUUAAAUCUGCCAGUAUCUCCGCUACCGAAGUAUCAAGUAUUCUAAAACCUAUAGAUAAACCAACGGAUCCACUUUUGUCGUCCACACCAAAGGCAACCGAAAGCGAAACAGUUAAACCUGUCGAUCCUGCUAUUAUUUCUGUUUCUGAAGUGUCAAGUACUCUCAAACCAAUAGAUAAACCUACGGAUCCGCUUUUGUCGUCCACACCAAAGGCAACCGAAAGCGAAACAGUUAAACCUGUCGAUCCUGCCAUUAUUUCUGCUACCGAAGUGUCAAGUUCUCUCAAACCAACAGAUAAACCCACGGAUCCACUUUUGUCGUCCACACCAAAGGCAACCGAAAGCGAAACAGUUAAACCUGUCGAUCCUGCCAUUAUUUCUGCUACGGAAGUGUCAAGUUCUCUCAAACCAAUAGAUAACCCCACGGAUCCACUUUUGUCGUCCACACCAAAGACAACCGAGGGUGAACCAAAGGAUCCUGUGAUUGGUGAGAAUGGAUCUUCAAUAGCGUCUUCUACUGCUCCUACUUCUACAAUUACGAGUUCUGCCGAGUCCAAAGAUUCAUCAGGCAUUACGACUACAAUGUCGUCACUGGAUAAAUCAAGCGCCGGGGCACAUGUGAAUAGUGAAAAAUCCGACUCCAAGUUCUCUGGAGGAGUGGUGUUCCUCUUAUUCUUGUGCGGGGUCGUGGUCGGGGUUCUAGGAUUCUUUAUGGUGAUAUACAUCCGAAAACGAUACCGCGGACGUAGUUACGAAACUAAUGACCCCCCUCAAGAACCAUAGAUUAAUUAAUUAUUUAUAAUAUUUUAGGACAUGAAAUAAAUGCAGGUUAUUUUUUGAAAAUAUAUUUGUCAUAUUUUUUGUGCACGUCUUGUAUACGCAAAAUGUGAGCUAAGCAUAAAAUAUUAUAUCAAUGUAGAAGCAUUUCGUUAUGAUAGAUUUUGCCGAAUUAUAAUUAAUUAAUAUACAUGGUAUUUCACUUGACACGUCGGAAACAAGCAUAAUCUUGGGCUUAACGUGCCAAAUUAAUCGCCUGUUAGUACAAUCAUUACAUUAACAUCUUGUAGUAAUGAUAAGUUUGUUUUGUACAUGUUGAUUACAAAUUAAAGACAUUUACAAAUUCUA